CUGACAAACUGGUAAACCAUAAGUGAUGAAAGCAAAGUUAGACAGAUAGGCUGAAUGACGGCAGCAGUGUUGUGAGGAAGGGACUAUAAAUCUGUCAUUCACAACUUACCAACCUCGGAAAUAGAAGACGUCAUCUUGCCUACACAUUGUUUAGUUCUCUCUGGAACAAGAAUAUUCAGUUGUAGCCUUGUCCGGUGAAGCCACAUUAGGAUGGAGAUCCUAACAGAAUGGGUUCACCUCAGCAGCGGUCCAUUUGGGUGGGACACAGGUGAGAGAAUCCAGGGAAGUGAUACUAUAUCGCUGGGUUUGCUCCUGGGCGGCGUCUGUGUGGGCCUCCCUGCGAUCGUCAUGGUCUUGUUGUCCUUCUGCUGCAAAUGUGCGGAGCCCCGAAACCUCACCGUUUUCUCCACGUCCCUGCUUUUCACCGCCCUCCUGCAGUCGCUGUCCACGCCCGUGGUGGCCAUGCAGGUCAUGGGCUCUUCCUGCUCCAUCAAUCACUGCCAAAAACUCGUUGAUGUGUGGUUCGCUUCCAGACGCAGUGGGAUGCUCCUACAUCUCCUGGUGGCACUGGAGGCUGUCCUAUCCCAGAAGCUACCAAAGGCAACCAAAAAACUGCGAUCUAUGUACUGGUCACUGCCUGUCAUCCUCACUGUAGAUCUAAUUUGCAUACUUUUCUUAGAAGUAAACGCCACUGCCAUUGGGUUGGGUACCGUGGCUUUGGUUCUAACUGCAAUGAUAUGCAUUGUGUCCUGCCUGCCACCGUUCUGUCUUGACAAACGCACAAUGAAGGUUUAUGCUAUAGCGGUGAUGUCGUUAGGUGUCACGUACUUUCCUAGUUUUGUGAUGGAGUGCAUGUUAGAGGAUGGAGCUCGCAUUGAUCUACAACUGUAUAGCAUCUUUCUCUGCCUGACAAACCUCCGUCUGAUCCCAGAUGCAUUUUUGUGUUGGCUCCUCUGCCGGGACCCUGUACCAGACCAGGCACCACGCACCAACACAGAACUUGAAAAUCCUGGCUUAGAGCUCUAAUCAAGGCCAGGCAGAUUUGAAUCAUAUGUCUGAAUUCUUGGACUUUCGGUUAACCAUCCAUCCAUCCGUUAGGGUAUUUCUCAGGAAAGGUAUUAAUGCAGAAGCAUCAUGAACAUUUUCACAUUUUACUGUGAUUUUUAACUUGCAGGCAUUUUAUUUAUUUUCCAUCCACUUAUAGGCUUACCCUUUAUUAUUCAUAACUUAGGCCUAAUUUUGUUAAAUAUGACAUGGAGACUACCACAUCCUGUAUUCAUAAAUCUGUUUUUUGUCAUGUCCUUGCUGUUGAGAGCGACUCUGUCGGCAGAAUUGAUAAACCCACUGUGUCUGUUCUGAAUGCACCAAUAAACCCAAUCUCCACCCUUUAAAGAUGCCCCAGUAAAGUGUCAAGUGUAAAAUCUGUA